GUGAAAAAACGGGAAAGCAUUUUCCGCGACGAGUUUUCCCAAGGAGGAAAAUACCGUGACCGUCGCUGUCGGUCGUGUCUCGGUGUGCGACGGAUCAGUCUUGCGGCGGACGUGUGCGAAGUCGAAGGUUUUUCCGAGUGCUUAGAGGUUGAUCCGCGUGUUGUGUGUGUUGAUCUGUGCUCUCCUCCAACUCACAGGGGAAAACCUCUUAUCUAGAGCAUGGUUUAGACGGAACCGUGGGAGAACCACACAGAAAGCGUGAAAUAGUGUGUUAUAAUAAAAAAAAUGAAUCACCAGCAACAGUGAAAGUACCGGAAUGAAAGAGUGAAACCAAAGCCAAAACAGCGAACCGCGCAUCAAACCAAAUGAAUUUAUAGAUGUAUUUUUUGUCUGUUACCAAAUAUUUGAAAAGUAAGAGUUACUAGAUAUGAAUAGUAUUGUUAUUAUCAGUUUAUGGAUAUUAUUACUACUUAACGAAGUUUUAUGUCAAGUUCCAGAUGAGACGGUAAAAGUGUUACGGAGCGAAAAGGUGGAACUGAUAUGCCCGAUCGACAUCGACACCUGCGGCGAGCUGCACUCGCUCAAAUGGUUCAAGGGCACCGAUCGCAUCGCGGUCGUCUCCGGUGACGGCGAGGUGGCCAAGGUCGAGGGCAGCUACAACGAUCGGCUCUACCUGGCCCACGAGAACAAACGAAGUCGGCUCAUCUUCAAGAACGUGGAAAUCUCCGACGAAGAUACAUAUCUGUGUGAAACCACAUUUUUAGAGCCCUCCGAGGCGUGUGAAAACUCGGGAGCAUAUAGUAUAGCACUAAAUGUUUAUGCCAUUCCUUCUGUAAUAGCACUUCAGGAUGGCAGUAGGAAUAGUAUUAAGAACGGUUCUCACAUUGGACCAAUGCGGGAGGGUCAGGAUCUGCAAGUCGUUUGCGAAAUAUACGGCGCCCGUCCAGUACCUGUGAUAAGUUGGCAUCGGUCGGGAAGUGUUGUUAGAGAUUCACAGAUUGUGGAGGAUCAUAAUGGGCUGUUUACAGUAAAGUCAACAUUAUCGCUUACCCUCUCGCGCCAGGAGCUGGGCGCCACCUACAUCUGCCGCGUCGAGAUGAAAGAGUUGUCGCUGGUUGUUGAUAAUCAUUUUCAUAUCGAUUUACAAGUGAGACCUACAAAGAUCAAUUUAUCGGGUGUCGAACAUCACACGGUGCAGGGUACCAAAGUUUUACUACAGUGCCAGGUAAGCGGCGCUAGACCGGCGGCCAACAUGACAUGGUACAACUCCACCAGGUUGAUACCGGACGAAACGAACGAAAUCACCGCCGUCUCCACACAAACGUACCUCCAAAACGACGGCACAUUCGAGACCAUCAGUCAGAUGAUUUUCACCGCAACCCGCUUCGAGAACGGUGCAUCGAUACGCUGUGAGGCGGACAACAUUGUGAUGCGCCAGGACGGAGACCGGCCACUGCACGACACCCUCACCCUCGAGGUCAUGUAUCCACCGGUGGUCCGGGUCGGAGCGGAGAAUAUCACAGUCAACGAAACGCAGGAUUUUCUCCUCAAGUGCGACUACGAGGCGAAUCCGGCCUCGCUCGAAAGUGUCAAGUGGUUCCGAAACGAUCAGGAGAUCAAACUGGACAGCGCCCGGCACGACGGCGGUAAUCCGGAGAAUAUCGGGCUCAUCAUCAAGAACUCGACCCGGGGCGACAUCGGAGCGUACAAGUGCGAGCUAGCCAACUCCAUCGGGAAGGACCUGUCCGACAACGAAAUCAAUGUUGACGUGUUGUAUAAGCCAACGGUGGUGCUCAACAUGGAUCCGGAAACGCCAGUCAUAGAAAACGACCAAGCCAACAUCACCCUUCUGUGCAACAUCGUCGACGGCAACCCGCUCCUGCUGACCAAGGUGCGAUGGUUUUUGGACGGUGAGUUCCUAAAAGAGCUGCCGGAAUGUGACGACGAUGGCGAUGGGAACAGCUUGGGUGACGAGAAUCUGUGCGAGGUGGAUCCGACCAAGAUGUUGCUGCAGAACGUUGGACGAGAGUUUAUUGGUAACUAUUCCUGCCAAGGUUUCAAUCUGGGAGGAUGGGGAGACAUAAGCGAGGAGAAUUCGCUUGAUAUCUACUACGAGCCAGGCAAUGCAACAAUAACGCAUUUCCCAUACAUUGGCAUCAAGAGGCGAAGCGUUACAUUCAAUUGCUCGGUUGAGGACCGAGGUAAUCCACCUGCCACUCGUUUCCGCUGGCUGCGGGGAGAUAAGCCGGCCAAGGACGUGGUAACGCCAUCAUGGACAGUGGAUCCCGUGGGGUUGGACUCGAGGACGACAUUCACGUGCUUCGCAUACAAUGAAGGUGGCGAAGGCAAUGCUGCGGUGGUGCACUUGGAGGUGCAUGCCCCGCCGGCUUUUGUACAAAAACUGCAUCCGUACACCGGAGCUCUUUAUUCCACUUCAAACAUCUCGCUGGCUUGCCGGGUGGAGUGUGUUCCGUCAUGUGCCAUUUCCUGGUUCAAGGACGGCGUAGGAAUCGAGGACUCCGAUGAGAGGUAUUACAUCACAAGUACCUAUCUGCCUGCAGAACCGGCCACGGGAGAUUUCGAGAGUGCUUACUCCGUGCUGCAUUUCAACAUGUCUGCCUGGCCGGACGGCAUGCUGGACCGUAUUCGUGAUAGCUCCAACUAUUCAUGCGUCUCAUCAAAUAACUCAGCAGGCCCUGGAGUUCGCAGCACGACGUACUUCGGUGUGGAAUAUCCGCCGGAGAACACAUCCCUGUCGAGUCCGAACAUUUCGGUGGAGGAGGGCCGAAUUCCCCCGCGAACCGUGUGCUCCUCACGGGCCUACCCGGAACCGGAGUUUAGCUGGUGGCGAAACGCGGUCAACAUUGUGAAUGGAAGCUCGCUGAUCGUCAAUACCGUGAUGCAGAGGUCCGACGCUGGCGUUUACACGUGUGUUGCAUCCAACAAGCACGGCAACCACUCGACCGAUGCCGUCAUCGAUAUACUCUAUAAACCUACGUGCACCAUCACCCGAAAGGAGGUCAAUGACGAGGAUAUACUCAUCUGCGUUGCGAACGGCAGCCCCAGGGAGUCUGAAUUUGACUGGAGCCUCAAGUACGAAAACGACACGCUGCAGAACCACAAGACGCGAGGCGACGCCUACGAGAGUAUCCUGGUGCUGGAGAAUGACGUCUCGGCGAUGCGAACGUACGUCUGUGUGGCCACCAAUAGCGUCGGCAUGGGAAAGCCUUGUGAAAUUGAAGUUGCAGGAUACGUGGCAUGGUGGCUCAAGGGUGACAUCCUGACGCCGUACAUCCUGAUUGCGGCCGUCGCUGCUCUGCUGCUGGCAGUGAUAUUGAUUUGUGUUAUCAUCAUCUGCAUUUGUCGCCGAAAGAGAAGGCAGGAUAAGUUUACUGGAGGAUCAUCGACUGCUGGAGAAUCCCAGAUAGAACCAGGAGAAUAUGAGAACCUACCCUUCCAUGGCAUGCAGACUCCUCCUAAGAAGGCUAUGCUAGCAAAGAACAGUCUCGCUCCAGCAGUGAAAUGUCCUAACAAGUCGCUAACACCCUCAUGUUUCCCUACUCAUCCGUACAACUACAUCAACUAUCAGCAACGGGACAGCAAUAGCAAACCAACCUCAAGUCUUUCCUCCUACAAUACAAGCCAAUCGACUGUGCUAACUAACCAAAGCAAUAUGUCCUCGCUGUCCAACAGCCAGGACUCCUCGAGCAACACUAACAACUCCUAUCUUAGUAAGACUAUCGAACGGAAGAAACAACACCAGCAUCAGCAGCUGCUGGACAACAGUGACACUCUUUCAACUCAUAGUUUCUCUUCGGGGAAAUCGCUCAAACGACCGCCAGGCCCUGGUGGAACUUGCGGCGAGAACAAGAAACUUAUCGACCUUGAAACGGUCACACCGCUGUACGAGAAUCUAACCGAUUCCAUUCAGAUCCACGAAUCACCGAUGGGAAAUGCUGGAAAUGGUACUGGAGCCAAGUUCGCAAUCGACGGCCAAGAACGGUACAAAAUCAGUUUGCGAAAACCGAGGAAAUCCAGCAGUCGAUCAAAUAGUGCUGUUUCCAACAGUUACUACGACUGCAUCAAGCCUAUUCCGGCACCACGACAUCGGAAGUAUGCGUCCACGACUUCACUUUUUUCGAAAAACAUUCAAAUGUACAGCAACAAGCUAGAUCCGAUCUACAUGAAUCUGCCGGUCAGCUCUGGCUACGAGACGGAUCCCCGAUCGAACGAUGAGUUCAACAGCAGUGAGUGUCCUACUGCCUACGACAACCAGUACUUCGAGAUAACCCAGCACCAGACUCGUAUCCUGAUACCAAAAGAGCUCUUCCCCGUAGAUAGAAGCAAUCAAGUCAAGAUAAACCAAUUGCUGAAAAAGAACUUAGUUUCCUCGAAUCGACGUCAUAUUAAACUGCCUUUACAAAAACAUCAUAGCUUUAAUUUCCAAUCCUCCCAAACUGUGGAAGCGACCGUGCGCGAUCUCAAGAUCAAAUCGCACUCGAUCAGUUCGAAGACCUUGCGAGACUACCGCAACAGUAGCAAUAUCAGCAACAGCAGCAGCAACAAUAACCACAUCAACAACAGCAGCAGUAGCAACAACAUCAGUGGCACCAGCAACAACAACAUCAUUACUAGUAGCAAUUUUAUCAGUAGCAAUAGCAAUAGCAAGUUCCCAACUAGCAGCUCCACCAAUCCGUUCAUCAACAGUAGCAACACCCUGGCAACACUGACCAGUAGCAGUAGUAGUCGUCGUUCGCUCGCAGUAGCCCGUCAGCACACCACCCUGGCAACGGCAACGCUUGCUACGGUCCGACAGCACCCGACCAGCAGUCGAUCGCAGAGCGAAGACGAAAGUAGCAGUGAUCCGGAACCGAUCAAACCGCCACCUCCGCCUCCGCACUACCACCAUCAACCCAGCAAACCAAAGCACACACACCACAGCAACCUAGUAGGCGGCAUCAUCACAUCGACGGCGGCCGCGGGCCCAAUCACAUCCGCGCCGCACUCACAAAUCUACAAGUAUGAUACUAACUCGAUAGCCUUCAAACCUAUCACUCCUGUGCCAACGAGUACUCCAGCAAUAACUAACUCUAAAUCAUCGGUCAAUAAUAUGUGUAAAGACAAAUUUGCUAUUAAAUAAUAAAACUAAUAACAAAAAAAAAACAA